AUGUAUUAUUCAUUGCGUAAUAGUCUAAAUAACUUGUCGCGCGCGCGUUUGACCUCAAAAGUGUUCUCAAUACCCUCAAAAACUUGUCGUUUUCAACGCGUGCGUGGUGGUUAUUCCUAUACUAAACGCGAGAAUUGCAACACACCUUCAUCGAAAGAAAGGCAAUUUACGUGUCAAAAAGAGACUGUUUUUCGCUCUUUUAGCUUAUCAAGACUAAAUUAUCUUUUACAAGAAUCUACUAUCCCGAACCAAUUAAUUUCCCGGAAUGACUCGACAAUUUCCAGUUCGAUAACUUACACUAGGCCUAUUGUCGGCUACUGGUUACUUGGAACUGCAGCACUAGUAUUUGGAAUUGUCAUAUUGGGUGGCUUGACCAGGUUAACUGAAAGUGGGUUAUCUAUUGUAGAAUGGAAGCCUAUAACUGGCGUACUAUUACCGAUAACAGAGCAGCAAUGGGAAGAAGAAUUCGAGAGAUACAAACAAUUUCCGGAAUACAAAAAACUCAACACUGAAAUGUCAUUGCAUGAUUUCAAAUUUAUUUAUUUAAUGGAGUGGGCACAUCGUAUGUGGGGACGCGCUAUCGGCGUGUCUUUUAUUUUACCAGCUGUUUAUUUUGGUGCUCGAGGCUACAUGACGAGAUCAGCUUCGUAUAAAGUAAUUGGACUUGCUGGACUUCUCGGAUUUCAAGGCUUCUUAGGUUGGUAUAUGGUAAAAUCGGGACUAUCUGAAGAAUUAAUGGACAAUCCAGGAGCGGUGCCACGUGUCAGUCAUUAUAGGCUGGUUGCACAUCUGGGUAGUGCUUUUUUAUUGUAUAUUGGGAUGUUAUUGACUGGACUACAGAUCCUGCGAGAUGCAAAGAUUGCUAAAGGGACUUUUCCUGUGUCAAUUUCCAAAGCUCUGCUAAAUCCAGCAAUUAAUGUGUUUCGUCGUUCUGCCAUUGGUACUGCAACAUUGAUAUUUCUAACUUCACUAUCAGGUGCCCUUGUUGCCGGACUGGAUGCUGGCUUAAUAUACAACGAAUUCCCUUACAUGGGAAAAAAUAUAGUACCGCCACACAACGAACUAUUUUCGAAAGUCUAUACCCGCCCAGGUGAUGUUUUUGCAUGGAGAAAUUUUUUCGAUAAUCCUACAACUGUACAGUUCGAUCAUCGUGUUAUGGCAAUGACUACAUUAGGAGUAGUUAUUGCUUUGUGGAUUUAUUCGCGUCGUGUACCAAUCACAAUGAAUGCUCGUCGUGCUAGUAAUAUUCUACUAGGUGUUGCUGGGAUGCAAGCCACAUUGGGUAUUAGCACUUUAAUAUAUAUGGUCCCGAUUCCUUUGGCUUCUGCACAUCAGGCGGGUAGUUUGACCUUGUUAACUAGUGCAUUGUGGUUGGUACAUCUAAUGCGAAGAAUUCCACCAUUGAUUGUAAAAUCGAGCGUUUUGAAAAAGUUAUGA